AUGUUUAGAAGGAACAAAGAUAAAAAGGACGAGAAUGCGAUAGAUCCUUCGAAAUUGAUCAAGAUUGAUAUUCCCAUCGAAAACUUGCCGAAGACUAUUUCCCCUCCGGAACCCAAGGAGCUCACCUCGGAGCAGAAGGCGAUGUACAAGGAGGUUUUGAAGCACUUUAGUGAUCCAGAAUUGAAAGUUCCAACGGUGGAAAAAAAAGCCUCCGAGGAGCAAAUGGAACCAUUGUCGUUACACGAGAAGGCUUGGUUGACGAGAGAAUGUUUUUUGCGUUAUUUGAGGGCUACCAAAUGGGUACUGGAGGACUGUAUCGAAAGAAUCACCCUUUCACUCGCAUGGAGACGGGAGUUCGGCAUUAGUAAUUUUGGAGAGGAAAAUGGUGAUAGGAUAACCUCAGAUUUAGUUGCAGUAGAAGAUGAAACUGGUAAGCAGGUAGUUCUUGGCUACGAGAAUGAUGCUAGACCUAUCCUUUACUUGAAACCAGGCAGACAGAACACCAAAACUUCGCACAGACAGGUGCAGCACUUGGUCUUCAUGCUGGAAAGGGUCGUCGACUUCAUGCCCCCAGGACAAGAUUCUCUAGCUUUAUUAAUUGAUUUCAAAGAUCACGCAGAUGUUCCAAAGGUUUCAGGUAAUAGUAAGAUACCUCCAAUUGGUGUCGGAAAAGAAGUUUUACAUAUUCUACAGACGCACUAUCCAGAACGUCUGGGAAAAGCCUUGCUAACCAACAUUCCCUGGCUGGCGUGGACAUUUUUAAAGAUGAUUCACCCAUUCAUAGAUCCUAUGACUCGAGAAAAGCUAGUUUUUGAUGAGCCAUUCCCCAAAUAUGUUCCUAAGGACCAGUUGGACAAAAUGUAUGGGGGGUACUUGGACUUUACAUACAAACAUGACGUUUACUGGCCCAAGUUUAACGAUAUGGCGGCGAAGAAAAGAAGUCACUAUCUCACAAGAUUCGAAAAGUUUGGAGCGAGAGUUGGUUUGAGUGAGUUUGAUUUAAGGGGUGAUCAUGAAGAACUAGUUUAUCCAAUUGAAGUGUAA